GUGUGGUUUGCGUUGAGUGUUGUGUUUGAGUGUGUGUUUUGAUUGUCUUCAUCGGUAACCACACGUCACUCUCUCGCGGCUCAGACAAUGUCGUCGGCUUUGGAUCAGUUGGAGACCAAUCUGGAGUCGCUGACCGAGAAUGUGCGACAACUGGGUAUAAUCGUGUCAGACUUCCAGCCCCAGGGUCAGGGACAGACCGCUCUCAACACCAAACUUAAUCAAAUCGUGACAUCACUGCAAGACAUCGACCGCAUCAAGAAUGACAUGACCGGCAAAAGCAGUGACAUUCAGGUCCCGCUGGAAGUGUUUGAGUAUAUCGAUGAGGGAAGGAAUCCACAGCUCUAUACGAAAGACUGUAUGGAGAAAGCGCUGCAGAAGAAUGAGUUAGUGAAGGGAAAGAUCGACUCUUAUCGGAGAUUCAAAGCCAUGCUUUUGGUUGAGUUGUCGAAAGUGUUUCCCAACGAAAUCAGCAAAUAUCGGGCCGUUAGGGGCGACGAAAGGCCCUCCAACUGAUCACUCGCUUUUUACCUAUANUCUCUCUCUCUCUCUCUCUCUCUCUCUCUCUCUCUCAUGUAAACCAUUUUUAUAAUUGUAAUUAUAAUUUAUAUAUUAAUUAAAAUAAUAAAUUUAUUUAGUACCAUAAAACAAUUUGCAACACAUUAAUGACAUCUAUAAAUUAUAAUCAAUAUUAAUUAGUGCG